AUGCCGGCCACAGCAACAUACCGUCUCGUUGAACCUCACCCGUCCGUCCCUCACAACGGCCGUCCAGCCAUCCAUACCUCUCGCGGCGGCGCUGGGAAUGUCAUCAGCCUGAAGAACACCAAAACCACCGAUUCUCAGACGGCCACAGGCCCUGCUUCUCUCACCCGUCUCGACUCACACGUCCCCCGCACAUUCAAGUCCGGCCGCGGCGGUGCAGGCAACGUCCACAGCAGCAGUGAGCGUGCCAUCUUCAGCUUCGACGAGGAACUCGAGCGUGAGUUCCGUCGUGCUGCUCCCGUUUACCACGUGGGUCGCGGUGGUGCAGGAAACAUGAUCCACGAAAGCAGCUCCAACCAUCACAACAGCUACGAUCUUUCGAGAAAGUACUCUACCAGCAGCAGCGGUACCACCGCUUCCACUGAAUCUGCCGCUGACCGUGCCUGGGAGAAGGCCCGCUCCACUCUUGAAAAGGGCUGGGAGAAGCUAAAGAACGUCGCAUAA